GGCUCCCAGAGCAGCGCUGCGAGCCCGCCCGGCUCGCUGCCCUCCCCGGGAUGCGCUCGGAGGCGGCGCCGCAGCUGGACGGGCUGGAGAGGUUCGCCAGCGCCGGCAAGGGCCGGGGGCUGCGGGCGCGGCGGCGCUUCGCCGUGGGCGAGCUGCUGCUGAGCUGCCCGGCCUACGCGGCCGUGCUGACGGUCAGCGAGCGCGGCAGCCACUGCGACGGCUGCUUCGCCAGGAAAGAAGGAUUGUCCAAGUGUGGAAGAUGCAAACAGGCCUUUUAUUGCAAUGUGGAAUGUCAGAAGGAAGACUGGCCAAUGCACAAGCUGGAAUGUGCCUCCAUGUGCACUUUUGGGCAGAACUGGCAUCCCUCAGAGACUGUGAGGCUAACAGCAAGGAUCCUUGCCAAACAGAAAACUCACCCUGAAAGAACACAGUCAGAGAAGCUGCUUGCUGUGAGAGAGUUUGAAUCACACCUUGACAAACUAGACAAUGAAAAGAGAGAGCUGAUUCAGAACGACAUUGCUGCUCUGCAUCACUUUUACUCAAAGCACUUGGACUGCCCUGACAAUGCUGCCCUUGUAGUUCUCUUUGCACAAGUUAACUGUAAUGGCUUCACAAUUGAAGAUGAAGAACUCUCUCAUUUGGGAUCAGCCAUAUUCCCUGAUGUUGCAUUGAUGAACCAUAGCUGUUGCCCAAAUGUGAUUGUGACUUACAAGGGAACCUUGGCUGAAGUCAGAGCUGUCAGAGAGAUUGAGCCUGGAGAGGAGAUUUUUAGCAGCUAUAUUGACCUGCUGUAUCCCACAGAAGACAGAAAUGACCGGUUAAGAGACUCCUAUUUCUUUAGCUGUGAUUGCAGGGAGUGCACUACAAAAGAAAAGGAUAAAGAGAAACUGGAAAUCUGCAAGCUGAAUGAUCCUCCGUCAGCAGAGACAGUAAAGGACAUGAUCAAAUAUGCCAGGAACGUGAUUGAGGAAUUCAGGCGAGCCAAACACUACAAAUCCCCUAGUGAAUUACUGGAGAUCUGUGAACUCAGCCUGGACAAGAUGGGUGCAGUGUUUAAGGACAGUAAUGUUUAUAUGUUACAUAUGAUGUACCAGGCCAUGGGUGUCUGUCUCUACGUGCAGGACUGGGAAGGUGCGCUGUGUUAUGGGCAAAAAAUUAUCAGACCCUACAGUAAACAUUAUCCCUCCUACUCGCUGAAUGUUGCCUCCAUGUGGCUGAAGUUAGGGAGACUGUACAUGACGCUGAAGAACAGGACGGCUGGAGUUAAAGCCCUGAAGAGGGCAAUUGCUAUCAUGGAAGUAGCACAUGGGAAAGAUCAUCCAUACAUUUCAGAGAUCAAAAAGGAAUUAGAGGACCACUGAGCCUUUGAAUCUAUGCAAUCCUUCAAACCUUUAUUUAAAAAGCCUUGUUAUGGAAACCUUCAGGAGUGCUUUGAAAAGCGGUAGAGUAUGAACACAGUUCUGUCCUAUAAUUGGAAUGACAAACACACGUAGGCCUAGCUUCCACACAUCUACAAUUGCCUUUUUUUUUUUUUUUAAGGAAGCAGCCAUGGUUUCUUAAAGGUUAUGCCUUUUGAUGGCUCAUGUGCAGAAAUGGCCAAUUUUUUCUUUAGGGGUGUUGGUGUGGAUCUUAUUUGUGUAAAGUAAAUAAAGUGGUCUUGGCCCCUCUUGA